AUGGACCUUGGAAAUAACUAUGCUCAUGCUAGAGGUAGUGAUGAUGCAGAGCCUUCUAAUAUGGGCAGCAGAAAUUUUGAUACAGUCUUACAGCUUACCCAUAUGAAUCCUCCAACCCUUUCAGGAAGUGCAGAUCCGAUUAAGGCAGAAAACUGGCUGCAGGAAAUUAAGAAAAUCUUGACAGUACUGCAUUGCAUCGACGAACAGAGAGUGUUGUAUGCCACUUUCAAGUUGACAGGGGUGGAAAAAUGGUGGUGGUCAGUGGUGAAGCUCUUGGAGGAGCAGAGGAGCUCCGAGGAGCAUGAGGAUCAUCUGAAGACAGUUCUACAGAUACUAAGAGAAAGAAAGUUGUAUGAAAAAUUCAAGAAGUGCAAAUUCUGGUUGAAGCAAGUCACUUUCCUUGGACAUGUGGUAUCUAGGGGUGGCAUCACUGUGGAUCCGAGUAAGAUUGAGACGGUAGUAGACUGGGGACAAUUGUCGGUCCAGCAAUAUGCGGCGCGGUUUAUAGAGCUCUUUCGCUUUGCUUCGUAUAUUGUUGAUGAGAUAAAGAAGGCGAGACAGUUUGAAAGAGGAUUGAGGAGAGGCAUAUACAAGCAUGUGGUGGUACUAAAGAUUCAAGAUUUUGCUGAGUUAGUCGAUAGAGGAGCCUUGCCAGAGGUUGGUAAGCGUAUGAAUGCAGAGGAACAGGGACAGAAGAAAAGAUCUGCAUCUUCAGACUACCGGCAGGGUCAUAGGCAGGGUCAGUGGAGGAGAGGAAACUAUGGUAGAGGGUGA